AUGCGGCAUGUGCGCGCGGUCCUUGCCCUGCUGGGGUCCGCUGUGUCGGGGGCUACCGCGGCCAACCUUGGUGGAGGUCCGGCCCACUCUAGAUCCCUCACACUUGCACCCUCCGACAUCUCCGACAUCUCUAUUUCUUUCGACAUUGACGACGCGAGCCCCCUCUUCCUCUUCCACGGCGCGUGGGAGCCAGAGUGGUCCGACACGCUGCGCAGGCAAGUGCAUACGACCCGCGGAUCCGGGCACGCCUCGGUGGAGCUCGCCGUGGAGGGCACAGGGGUUGCGUUGUACGGCGCUCGUGACCCACCAUUAUCGCCCACAACCACGUCCACUAUUGGCCGCGACUCGGCUGUCAGUGUGCGCGACGGAGCGGGGCGUCUGCUUCCGUCCCAUCCCGGUGCGGAUGGUGUCCUGGCGGACGUGCAGAACUCGCCAUUCGAUCGAGUGCAAGCGACUAUUGAGGAUCAGACGUCAGCGGCGUACAGCAUCAGCGGGGCGACCAUCUUCACAAACAUCGCUGGUAAUACAGGUUCAAGCAACCGCGUGUACAUGACCAGCGUGCGCUUCGCCGAGGACGGGAAAGCCAACGAGGCGUUCGAGUGGGGUGGUGAUUGGGCUCUUGGGAACGGAAUAGACGACGGUAAUGGCGAGCUGGUUGGACUGAGAGCAAAGUGGAGUGCCGACACGACACUGUAUCUCCGUCGUCUGGAUGCGGAGACGGAUACGCCGCACACGCUGUCCCUACGUGCGGACGGCAUUGUCGGAUUACACAGCGUCACCUUCUACACUGCGGGAAGCAUGUCAAGGACCAAUACCUUGGCCGCGCAGACGUCUAGCGACUUUAACCAAGGCGAGGCACUCUACGUGUCACGUAUCCUCGGCGGUGUCGUUGGCGGAAUAGGGCUGUUGACACUUAUUGCUGUUCUGCGCGCUUGUUGGUCCCGCAAGAAACGCCAACAGGCCGAGGACGAGGAGGCCCGCGCCGCGUACACCACGUAUUUGAGUUCCAGGCGGAAUUGCGAGACGUACCACUGGGCAGGAGGCGACGGCGUCGCGUCGUCGAGCACGUCGCCCGCAAUUGGCAAGCCAGCUCACCAAGGUUCCGAGCCCGAAACCUCGCACCCCACAACAGACACGCACGCGCACGCUCAAGCCACAUCCACCAGUCGUGCCCAUGACCCCCCGCGUCCAUGGACAUUACACCGCACCAUCACGUCGCCACAGCCCAUGCGCACCAGUCGCUUUGGACUGUAUCGCACCACCUCUCCAACCCAUGCCGCCCCAUCCAUCCUUCUCGACCCAAUGCACCCAAUCACGCCAACACCCUCGCCAGGCGACAUGCGUCCUGGCCCGCUCGCAACGCCUCCGCGACGCGAAGCCUCCAGUCCAGGUUUCCCAGGCACCUUGGACCUCUCGGAACACGGCCACAGGCCCAGCAGGCGCGUGUCGUUCACCUCUGGAGAGAGGUCCCGCCCGUCCCGCCUCGCAAUGGAGAGCGUCGAAGAGACCAUGGAGGACUACCCGUCGAGUCCUGUGCGGCGUGGAUCGCUCUCGCGAUUCCUGGACGAGCCACUCUCGCGGCGUCUCACCCACGUCGGCGAGCCUCUUGCGCGCCGGAUUUCCCGCGCAACAGACCAGAGCGAGCAAGACGUCUGGGACGAUAUCGGCAUUGCGCCACCAGUGUCAACGGCGGCAGUGCUCGAGGGCCGCAGAGCCAGUCGAUCAAGUACGGACAGGGCCGUGUCGGUGUCGGAGGGACGCGGGCGGGAAUCAUUAGACUCGCAGCGCAGCUGA